CGAUGUAUUGAUAAAAAUGAACUUGUAACUUGUUUUAUCAAUGUCAGAUAAAGAAUUGUCCACCGGAUCCCAUGACAUUCUUGAUUCUCAUUUGAAGACUAUUCUAGAGAGUGUGAAGUUAAUCUAUCUUUUGGAAAGGGAAGGGGGCUGGGAUACAGUCCAGAACUGGGAAGACAUUUUAUCCCUUGGAGAACAACAGCGAUUGGGAAUGGCACGCUUAUUCUUUCACAAGCCACAAUUUGGAAUACUCGAUGAAUGCACCAAUGCCACAAGCGUAGAUGUAGAGGAGCACCUUUAUAGACUUGCAAAGGACAGUGGCAUCACAGUUGUUACAUCUUCACAGCGCCCCGCUUUGAUACCCUUCCAUUCUUCAGAGUUGCGAUUGAUUGAUGGAGAGGGCAAGUGGGAACUCCGUUCUAUCGAGCAGUAAGUUGUGCGUCCCUCACAUAUACACCCCUCUGUUCACACUCUUAGCGUUAACUCAUUGUUAAAGUAAUCAAAACCGCAAAAUGGACAGUUGUAUGUGAAUGGAGGGAGUGUAUAUGUAUAGGUGAGUAUGUGGCAAAUGUCUACAAUAAUAAACAUGAGCAUGGGAAUAAGUUCACAAUCUACACAGGACAAACGUUGUUAGUGGAUAUAGAAAAAGGUGUUUGGUUUUAUUUAUUGUAACAUAGUAAAAAUUGUGUACAGUUGCCGUAUGUUGUGGUCCAGAAUGUGUCAUUUUUUCGUUGUAAAGGAAUUUCGGUGCUUUUUCUGAGCCGGCGUUAAUAAAAUUGUGAGAGAUAUUCGGGACAGUUGGAUGCGAACACAACUGAUGAUUGGCUUGUCUAGUACUCCCGUCUCAAAAUAAUGUAUCUUUUUAGUAAUGAACUAGCAUCUUACCC